AUGUCGGAUUUUACUGUUAGGUCACGGCGGCGAGUUGAGGACAAGGCCCCCGUAUCUACUUUUGACGACCACGACACUAAGAAAGAAUCUGCUUCUGUUUCCUCAUCAAUCUUUGGGAGUUAUCAUUCACUAAGUGACACUGUCUUUGGAGCUUCGCCCGCGCAACUGUGGAAUUCUGCGCAGGAAGCCUUCUCUUCAAUUCCUUCACCACUUUAUCCUCUUGAGAACUCAGGACCGAAAGAGUUCACUGAGAAGGAUUUUCCUGUGCUGAGUAUAUUUGGAGACCCCAUCGACUUUUUUACAUUCACUAUGCCGUCCAGGGACAGAACCACUGAAUUUAGGACUACAUGCAAAUCUCUGCAGAUGAAAGUACACUCUAAUGGAUUUGUACCGCAAACGAAAAAGGAAAUCUUAGGUGAAUCAGUGCAGUUCAAUCAGCUGGCUAAGAGAAUUGGCCGCGACUUGAGCCAAACAUGUGCCAAGAUGGAGAGAUUGGCGGAAUUGGCUAAGAAGAAGAGCCUCUUUGACGAAAGAAGUGAUAUGGAUCACCUUUCCAGAAUUGUUAAAGAGGACAUUACUGGAUUGAACAAACAGAUAGCUGCUCUGCAGGAGUUUUCUCGAAGACGUAGCGGAGGAACAAAAAAUCAGGGGACUGGACAUACUCAGCUGGUUGUUGUUGGUCUACAGUCAAAAUUGGCCACUGUUAGCAAAGAUUUCCAGAGUGUUCUAGAAAUCAGCACAGAAAAUCUUAAGCAUCAAAAAAGUAGACGUGAGAAAUUUUCCCAUGCAGACCAUGUUCCCCUAUCUCUGCCAUCUUCUUCUAGUGGCUCAAAUGUUCGUUCGCGACUUCUCGAAGAUGACAAUCAACACGGCGUUCCGCGUGUUAAUAGCGUUACUUUGGACAUGGGUGCUAUGGAACAGAUGCGGGUGCAGCAGCAGAUGACAUUGCAAGAUCAAUCGGAUACGUAUGUGCAAGCGCGCUCUGAUGCAAUGGAGACCAUCGAGGGUUCAAUUUCCGAAUUAGGCCAGAUCUUUGCUCAGCUGGCUAGUCUUGUCAGUGAACAAGGAGAAAUGAUUACCCGUAUCGACUCAAACGUUGAAGACACUGCUAUAAAUAUCGAUGCGGCCCACACGGAAUUGGUGAAAUAUUUCCACAACAUAAUGAAGGACAUAUUAUCGUACUGGAACGGUAUAGCCUCCUCCCUGAUGCGUAUUUCGCCGGGUCUGCUUGCGGUCGCUUCGUUCGUGGCCACGGCAGCUACUGUCACCAAUGCAUUCGUCGUUAAUAAACAGUUUUAUCCUUCGAUAGUGUACAUAACGAAAAGCAAUGCGAGCAUGAUGGUUAUUUAUGUCCAGGCCUUAAUCCUGGUGUACGUACUGUUCCAAAUUGUUAGGAAGAUAUUCUUCGGAGAACUGAGAGCUUCAGAAGCAGAGCAUCUGUCAGAGCGGGCAUGGCAUGCUGUGCUCGAAACAUGCCUAGCUUUCACUGUUUUUCGAGACGACUUCUCACCUCUGUUUGUCAUGCAAUUUGUUGGGUUAUUAUUUGUAAAGAGUUUCCAUUGGCUGGCGGAUGAUCGGGUUGAUAUGAUGGAACGAAGCCCAGUAAUCACUUUGAAGUUUCAUUUGAGAAUGAUGUGUAUUGUUGCGUUUCUAGGCGCUACAGAUUCUUACCUGGUUUCUCAUGCUUAUUUCACCACGUUACUCAAAGGGGCCAGUGCACAAAUAGUGUUUGGAUUCGAAUACGCCAUUUUGAUGGCACUGGUGAUUCACGUGACGAUCAAGUACAUACUUCAUAUGCACGACCUGCGCACAGCGCAAGCAUGGGAGAACAAAGCAGUUUAUUUGCUUUAUGCGGAACUGCUCAUCAAUCUGAUUCGAUGCGUUCUCUAUGGUCUUUUUGCUGCUGUAAUGCUUCGUGUCCAUUCCUUCCCAUUAUUCUCCGUGCGACCUUUCUACCUAUCGCUUCGUGCUCUCCACAAAGCUAUCAAUGAUGUGAUUUUGAGUCGCAGAGCUAUCAACGCAAUGAACAACUUAUUUCCAAUUGUCACCACUGAAGAUCUUUCCGCUAUGGAUGCUACUUGUAUUAUUUGUCGGGACGAAAUGACACCGGAAUCAGCGCCAAAACGCCUACCAUGUGGCCACGUCUUUCAUACUCAUUGCUUACGAAGCUGGUUUCAGCGGCAGCAAACAUGCCCCACGUGUAGAACUGACAUUCUGGCUGCGGCAGGUCAACGUCCUACUGUUAAUGGUGCCGUUCCAGCAGCACAACCAAACAAUGCUGCUGCUGUAGCGAACGGCAUGGGUAACCCAAGGUUGCCGCCCAAUCUGUUUCCUUUCAUGGCCCACCAGUUUGCUGUACCUCAACCCAGACCACCUGCUCAAGAUAAUGCUGCUCCAGCGGGCGCAUUCGGACAAGAAGGGAAUGCACAACCUGCUGCCUUUCCGUUUUCUCAACAUCUUCCGCCAUUUCCGUUCAUUCCUCCUCUUCCUCCAUUCCCAAUGGAAAUGCCUCGACCCCCAAGAGUACUUAAUCAACUUAGCGAGGAAGAGCUACGCGCUUUAGAAGGUCAGAGCCGUGCUGCUCUGGAGGGUCGCAUAAAAAUGUUGGGAGAUAUUUCGACUCUGCUAGAUGCUGCUGUCGCACAAAUGCAACAAUAUACCGCAAUUUUCGGUGCCGCUCCUUUGCCCGUGCCUAUGCCUACUUCUAUGCCGAACAGCGCUUGGCAAACACUCUUUGGACUGAAUACAAUUCAACAUAAUAGUGACAGUGAAUUAGAUGUAACACAAAGCACAUCUGCUCAGGAUGUGACUGGAGCGCAACCUGAAGUCACACAGAGUGAGCAAUCAGUGGAACUGAAUGGAACUAACAAAAAGGCAUCACCUGUCGACGGUCCAUCAACUUCGAAAUCUUUAUUUGGACAGUCUGUGGGUGCGUCACCGCCAUCGACGUUGCUGAGUAGUGUGACAGUGCCUGAAGAAGGCGUUUUACCUGAUACACCAUCGUCGUCGAAGGAAGCAGCCAAGAGAUCACCAUCAUCAGCUGAUGAAGAGGUCCGACAACGGAGGCUAAAGAGAUUUGGUGCUAGUUCGGAAGAUCGUUAG